AGCAGAGAGAGAGAGGGAGAGAGAGAGAGAGAGAGAGAGAGAAGCGAAGGGAACAGCGCUUCAGUCUCAUACAGCAUCAGUUAUGGAAGGUGUUUAUCCCGACGUUGGCUGAGGCUGAGAAGACUGCUAUGGACAUAGUUUAAACGCUUAUGAGAAGACCUGUAAAAGCAAGGAAACAGUAACAGACUUCUGAGAGAGCUGACUACUGAAUUCAAAUCCUGUAAAUCUGCUGCUGUGAAGUGGAUCAUCUUGCAUUUUGUGUACAAUCCUAAUUUUACUCGUGUAGGUUUGAAAGAGAACCUGUCUUCUAAUCGAAUUAAUUCCUUGGCUCCUUGGUGUGAAAUUCUGCGCCUCUUUAGACUAACAUUAGAGUGUUAGUGAGAGGCUUGGGGUUCAUACUCGACUGCAAAGUUUUUCCUCCCGAAGGCUUGCCUGAACAAUUUCAUCAGCAUGGCUUUGCCUGAUAAUUCCAGUGGUAUUUCAGAGGAGCUGGCCUUUCCAGAGAUUAUUGAACUCAAUGUAGGGGGCCAGGUAUACAUAACUCGUUACUCGACUCUGACUAGUGUUCCUGACUCACUCUUAUGGGAGAUGUUCAGCCAGAAAACCGCCAAGAGCCUGGCACGUGACACCAAGGGCCGCUUUUUUGUCGACCGUGAUGGCUUCCUGUUUCGCUAUAUCCUGGACUACAUGCGAGACCAACAACUUGUUCUGCCUGACCAUUUCCCAGAGCGAGGAAGACUACAACGAGAGGCUGAGUACUUCAACCUUCCUGAGCUAGUCAAGCUUCUGGCUCCAAAGAUCACCAAGCAGAACUCACUUGGCGAUGAUGGAUGCCAGAGUGACCCGGAGGAGUCGUCGCCCAGUGCUGAUGCCAGCCGAAACCUGGCGUCUUUGGGAACAGCGACCUGCAGCAGCCUAGCAGCCAGCGACGGCAAGCGCACUGGGUUCAUCACCAUUGGCUACCGAGGCUCCUACACACUGGGCCGUGAUAGCCAAACCGAUGCUAAGUUCCGGCGUGUGGCCCGGAUCAUGGUAUGUGGGAAGACGUCAUUGGCCAAAGAGGUUUUUGGGGAAACCCUGAAUGAAAGCCGUGAUCCUGACCGGCCGCCGGAGCGGUACACCUGCCGCUACUACCUGAAGUUCACUUUCCUUGAACAGGCUUUCGACAAGCUGGCUGAUGCUGGUUUUCACAUGGUGGCAUGCAACUCAACAGGCACAUGUGCUUUCACACAUGACCAAACUGAUGACAAGAUCUGGACCAGCUACACGGAAUACGUUUUCUACCGUGAGUGAGAUCAGACCCGUGUUCCUGACCCUUCUCCUCCCAAACCUACUUGCCUCUUUCUGAGAUCGUGCUCCCUUAGAUGCAGACGCUUCUAGAUCACCAUCCCACCUCCAACCAGACUUGCCCUUGCUGCUUCUUGUCAUGGUCUUACCACUUCCCCUCUCUUCAAACCAACUCCGUCCCCUCAGCUAGAAACAGCUCCUGAUACUUGUGUAACCAUUUCUGGCCUUCGUGAAGUACUGUGUCAUGCUGUUGGGUUUCGAUUUUGUGGUGUUCUGUUGCUUUUACACUGGCAAAAGGCCAGCUGAAAGGGCUGGGAAGGGGCCUCUCUGUAUCUCCAAGUAGCCUUGGCACCAAACUAUAACAAUGGCAUUCUUCUCAUCAGUCCAUCACAUAAGUGGACAUUCAUGGAUUUCUCGAAUGUUGGUUAUCUGUAAUGACAAGUCUUUCAGUCAUUCUAAUGUUAAGCUAAAUAUUUUGGGACCAAGCCAUUAGGAAACCAGCAAGUAGACAGGAUAGGCGUAUGAACCAUAAAGCUAAUCUCUUCGAUUGAGAGACAAGCACAUUAUUCUGAAUCUGCAGUGUGACUGCAUGUAAAUAAGCUACAGUUGUCACUAUGGCGCAAGAAGAACGAAUGAUCUGCCAUGUUUAGUUUCUGUCAAUCCACAGCAAAGUGUGUUCAUAAGAAAAGAAAAUUGUGUUAUGCUAUUGUAAUUCUAACUAGCACAAAGUGUCACACCAGAAGGGGAAUUUGCCUUCUUGCCAAAGCACAUCAAGGGCUGAACUCUGAGCAGGAGGCUAUGGAACACACAGACAAAAAAGGAUUAAGGUGUUGUCUGAAAUCUGCUCACUAAAGCCUGAUGAGAUGUAUUGAUAGUGACAUGAAGCAUUUCGUGUUCUGUUCGUUUGUGCUGUAAGGAGAAAUGUUAAUCAAAACAUUUCAUCCCCCUUUUUUUUUUUUAAUAUUUCUGUGUCUGGUGUAGUCUAGCCAAACUCUUCAUUAUGCCUUUUAAGGAAUUUUUUUUAUUUCCCUACCAUGUGUAUGUAACCUUACACCAUUUCAAAUUCUUUCUUUGUAAGAAACAGAUACUGCAGUUGUAUUAGCAUAUUUUCUUUUUUUUAACGGUUAGCUGAGUUGAUUAUAACGCGCUUAUUCUGCUGACAGAACAUACAGAUCUAUAUAAGCAAGUAAAGUCAGAAAAGUUUAGGUUAAGUGAACACUCAUGUUAGCAACACAGCAAAUUCUAAGGAGUAUAAAAGGGUGUGAAAAAAAAAUUGAGAGCAGAUGGAAAAUACAUUUUCAGGUCCACCCUCAGGAUAAUUAUGGAUUUGCACAGCAGUUGUUACCUCAGAUCUCUAGAAAGUAUUAAGGCACAAAUAAUGAUAUGGUUAUUUGAGUAAAACUUUUUCACUUAAUGCUUUCAUUAGGCAAAUUCUUGCCACACAUGUGCUAUUGCCUGACAAGAAAACGUUUACACUGAGCCACUCAUAUCCUUAACUAGGAUAUUCUAUUAUCUUAUUAAUUUACUUGUGAAGACAUUCUGUGUUGUUAGCAGCAAAUUAGCAAAAAAAAAGUGCUAAAAAACAGCAUGAAUAAUUCAGCAAUUUCUGUAAUGUGUGGUGAAUUAAAGUACCAACCAUUUGUGUAUUACUCUGUGAAAUCACAGUUCUCCGUAUCUAAUCACUGUAAAAUUGUAAAAGGAAAAUAAAGAAUUUGGUUAAUAACUUAAGGCCAAGAUGUGAAACAAGACCAACAGGUGAAACACAGGCUCAUAUUAUCAAAAUUUGCCUUGAUGAUGAUGUUGCUAUGUAUGUGGAGAUGGAAGCAUUAAACCGGAUUAUCGUG